AUGUUGGUGGGCAAGACUGGAGCAGGGAAGAGUGCAUCUGGAAACACCAUCCUGGGGAGAGAGGUGUUUAAAGAGGGAGUUUCCCCUGUGGCUGUUACCUUAAGGUGUGAGACACAUAGUGCAGAGGUGGAAGGGCGGAGUGUUACUGUGAUUGACACACCUGGGAUCUUUGACAUAUCUAUUUCUAAUGAUGAAAUCAAGCGUGAAAUGGAUGAAAAUGUCAACCAAUUUUUCCUGCUAGUGGUCAGGCUGGGGAGAUUCACAUUGGAAGACAGGAGCACUGUAAAAUGGAUCCAGGAUCAUUUUGGAGAAGGCGCUUUGAAAUACUCAUUGGUGCUUUCCACUGGAGGAGAUGAGCUGAAAACACCAGUGGAGGAGUUUCUGAGAAAAAGCAGAGAGCUCCAGGAAUUCAUCAACAGCUGUGGUGGCGGAUAUCAUGUCUUUAACAACAGAGAAAAGAACAACUGCACUCAGGUUACAGAGCUUCUGGAUAAGAUUGAGACAGUGCUGUUUACCAUGCAAGGAUACCACCACACUACUAUGAUGAUCCAGCAGGUUCAAAGAAAGAUACAAGCAGAGGAGGAGAGGAAGAGAGAGGAGGCUGAACAGAGGAGGAUAGAAAGUGAGAGGAGGCUGAGAGAGAGAUCAGAACAGAGGAGGAGAGAAAGAGAGAGGCGAUGAGCAAUUUGGCUGUCGUGGUUGGAUCAAUUGGAGUAAUUAUUACUGUGCUGAUACAGUGAUAUUUGGAAAACGCAAAAUCAAAAUGAAUGAGAUGGAAAUCAGAGGAGAAGCGGAGAGAAACAGAGAGGAG